AUGGCGGUACAGGGCACGUACACAAUCAAUCUCUGCUUCGUCCAAGCCAAGGGUUGGGGAACGGCAGGCACCCCCGCCACACAGAGCCAGACGCAGCACUACGGCACGCCCCUCCACCUUGUUGCUGUCGCAUUUCUUUUCUCACACCUUGACCCCUGGCAACGGGACGCCCCCCUCCAUUCCUCCUCUCCUCUCCGAAAGGCUCCUCAGCCUGGCGGCGGCGGCGGCAGCGACGACCGCAUCCUGUAG